AUGUUCUCCAUCGAGGCCUCCAGGCACAUGGACCACAGAUAUGGAUGGCAAGCCUCGGGAAAACCUGGAAAAGGCGAGCCAAGGAAGUAUGACUCCUCGUUCAAGGGCCCCAUCCAGAACAGGAGCUGCACAGACAUUGUGUGCUGCAUUAUCUUCAUUAUUGCCCUACUGGGUUACUUUGCAGUGGGAAUUCUGGCCUGGUCCCAGGGUGACCCCAGGAAGGUGAUUUACCCCACUGACAGUCGAGGGCAGUUCUGCGGGCAGGCGGGCACCCCACUGGAGAAAAAGGGCAUGCUGUUCUACUUCAACAUCAUGAAGUGUGCGAGCCCCAUGGUGCUGCUGGAGUUCCAGUGCCCCACCACCCAGAUGUGUGUGGAGACAUGUCCUGAUAAGUUCCUGACGUUAGUCAAAGCCUACACCAACACGAAGGACUUCGACUACUACAAGACGUUCUGCAAGGAGGGCGUGACCAACAACAUGGGAAUCCCAGAAAUCCUGAAGCAAGGCCUCUGUCCGGCCAUGCUGACCCCCAGCAAGCCCUUCACUCGGAGGUGUUUCCCCGCUCUGGGCCUGAAAGGAGGUUUGAUCACCGUGGGAAACAACUCUCACUUUGACGACGGCAGCGGGACCAUGAGAGACGCCAAGGACCUGGUGGAUGGAGUCAAGUGA